CUGCGCGCCUGCGGGCGCAUUAAUAUCCCGUUUGAGCAGAAGGACGGAGUGUAGUGUGUGAAGGGUUUCAGCUUCACCCAUAGAUAUAACUGAAUUUUCCAGGAGGACUAUUUAAAGUCCAACAUGUGAUUCCUUAGAUCGUAGUGAAACACACACACACACACACACACACACACACACACACACACACACACACACACACACACACACAUCUCCUGAAUUCCAAAAGCUAAAAGACGUGUGUGCAGGAGCUCCUUGGAGCACUUACAGGCCGACACACAGCAGAACAGGAAGGGAAGUCUGCACAUUGUUUGUCUGGCGCCACUGAAUUUUGGGUCUAUUGUAUGAGAAUACGAUGCCCUGAAGGAAAUUCCAGCUGUGCAGCUGUGUCUCUGUCUCUCAAUAAUUGUCCCACAACAAGUAUUGUGCAUUAUAGUAAGAUGAGUAGGCAGUUGCUGAGUGGCCAUAAGGUUGAACAGGCGAGUGAAGAGGAAGUCACGAGCAUGGAGAUAGUUCCUUUCGUUCGCGGGAUGGUCCGCAUUCUCCCUGAGGGCUGGCUGUAUCCUGGGAGCGCGCCCACCUACCUUGACAAGAUUUACAACAUGAAGUUCAGAAGCGACGAUGUGAUGGUGAUGACCUUCCCCAAGUGCGGCACCACCUGGAUGCAGGAGAUUGUGUGGACCAUGCUACACAACCCUAACCUGGAUAACCCUAAGGGGAAUGAGGCAAUAUGGUUCCGUUCCCAAGACAUCAGCUUGGAUAUGCAUAUGGACGCGGAAGCCAUGGGAGGGAAGUUAUGGAAUCCGAUAAUGGAGAAGUUCGAAAAGAUGUGUCCGGGCGGGAGAGUUGAGGACGGAGUGUCUCUGCAGAUCCUCGAGGCCACGGCAGGUCCUCGCGUCAUCAAGUGCCACUACCCAUUCUCUCUGUUGCCGCCUGAGAUGCUUCAGUCGGCCAAGGUCGUGUACGUGACCAGGAAUCCCAAGGACAUGAUGGUCUCGUUUUACUGGUUCUGGAAGGACUGUAGUAUAUUUGAAUAUCGUGGGAACUUCGAAAAUUGUGUCAGGCAGCUCAUGAAUGGAACAACAUUGUUCACUCCGUAUUGGCCACACGUGAAGGAGGCGUGGCAGAAAAGGCACGACUCAAACGUGAAGUUCGUCUAUUACGAGGACCUGAAAGCUGACAUCAUGCUGGAAUUAAGAAAGCUGAAUGAGUUCUUAGGAACACGACUGUGCGAGGAAAAGCUUGAGGCAGUGGCGCAACACACUUCCUUCUCCUCCAUGAAACGUAAAGGUGACAACCAUGAAAAAGACUUUUUCGGGGAAACAAAGUUCAACAAGAACGAAACCAAAGCUUCGUUUUACCGCAAAGGAACGACUGGUGACUGGAAACACCAAUUCUCACCUGAACUUCAGGAGGAGGUGGACAGUUGGAUCGAGGAAAACGUUGCAGGCACUGAUAUUUGUUUGAAAUGGGCUCUGGGGCAAUGAGUUAUGCCUCCUGCUGCUUCCUGAUAGUGAGUGCGGCCAUCUUGCUGUACCUACCUAGCUACACUGAACGAUGGGGUGUGUGGCUGCAGGACUUCCACUGGCAGCUGCAUCAUCAGCAUCUUUUGUUUUCCUUGGUUAACGUAAGCUGCCCAAACCUUAUCACUGCCCAUGCUUCCUCCUCCUCCUUCUCCUCCUCCCUUCAGAACAACGCCAGACGUACUAUACUGGGUCAGUGGGGUCAGUACCACCUCACUUGAAAUUAAUACUUUCAUAUCCUAACCUACUUAGUUUGAAGUUUUUAGUUUCUUUCUUUUUUUUUUUCUUUUUUAGAUUCUCUCAAAUUUUUACUAUAUGUUAUUUUUAUUGCUUUUAUUACCUUUCAUUUUUAACAUUACUAAUAUUCUUAUUUAGAUGUUAUAUUUUGGCACCAUAAAAUCUUUCUUGUAGCGCUAUCCAAGAGAUUUUUUAAACACUUCACAUCCGCUUCCUUGAUAUCUUACAUUGUUAAUUGAUUAUCUACUUGACACCACUACUGCUGUUUCUCAUCAUCACAUAAAUAACCCACGUUAUAUCUGAAUUAAUUCAUGUUUCUGAAAUUGCCGAAGUAAUAGGAAUGUUACUCUUUUUUAGAGAUUGUAAAACUCAACUAAGACUCUUCAAUAAAGUUUUGACAGAUGAA